CACAUACUAGCUGCGUGUGUGAGAGUGUUUGUGUGUAUGUGUGUGCCGCCCACCUCCACACUCCAGCAUCGUUUUCAAAGAAGACAAAAAAGAAAGCAAGGUCUGCAUCUGCUCCACAAUUCUCUUUGUUUCCAAUGAACUGUCCUCACAUUCCUGCGUCCGCCAGCUGACAAACUGCACGUUGUGAAGAGAAAGAGGAUUUUGUAUUUACAUUUUUUUUGUUUUGCAUUCCGCUUACCAGAGCGUUUGUCGAGAUUCUAGCUGCUGAUCAGAUUGGGCUAUGGCGCAAGGAAAUAAUUAUGGGCAAAGCAGCAACGGGGUGACUGAGGAAUCUCCAAACAUGCUUGUCUACAGAAAGAUGGAAGAUAUCAUAGCACGUAUGCAAGAAGAAAAAAAUGGGAUUCCCAUCCGUACGGUGAAAAGUUUUUUGUCCAAGAUUCCCAGUGUUUUUUCUGGUUCUGAUAUUGUACAGUGGAUGAUCAAAAACCUAAGUAUUGAAGAUCAAGUGGAGGCCCUGCACGUUGGAACAUUGAUGGCAGCACACGGAUACUUCUUUCCAAUCUCAGACCAUGUACUAACACUAAAGGACGAUGGCACAUUCUACAGAUUUCAAACACCAUACUUUUGGCCAUCGAACUGUUGGGAGCCUGAAAACACAGACUAUGCGGUUUACCUCUGCAAGCGAACAAUGCAAAACAAAGCAAGACUGGAGCUCGCAGACUAUGAAGCUGAGAGCUUAGCCAGGCUACAGAGAGCAUUUGCUCGGAAAUGGGAAUUUAUAUUCAUGCAAGCAGAAGCCCAAGCAAAAGUUGACAAGAAACGAGACAAAAUUGAAAGGAAGAUACUUGAUAGUCAAGAAAGAGCCUUUUGGGAUGUUCACAGGCCAGUUCCUGGUUGUGUUAACACUACAGAAGUUGACAUAAAGAAAUCAUCAAGAAUGAAAAACCCUCAUAAAACAAGGAAGUCUGUAUACGGACUACAGAAUGAUAUCCGGAGUCACAGUCCUACCCACACGCCAGCCCCUGAAGCCAAGCAGCCAACUGCAGAAGAGCUGCAAGACAAGAUAAAGUUCUGGCAAGUCCAAUUAGAUAGGCACCGAUUAAAAAUGUCUAAAGUUGCAGAAAGUUUAUUAGGCUACACAGAGCAGUACAUUGAAUAUGACCCAUUUCUCACACCUCCUGACCCUUCGAAUCCCUGGAUUUCAGAUGAUACCACCGUCUGGGAGUUAGAAGCAAGCAAAGAGCCUGGCCAGCAGAGGGUGAAGCGAUGGGCCUUUGGUAUAAAUGAAGUUUUAAAAGAUCAAGUGGGCCGAGAGCAGUUUCUCAAGUUUCUGGAGUCCGAGUUCAGCUCAGAAAAUCUGAGGUUUUGGUUAGCGGUCCAAGAGUUGAAAAAAAGACCCAUUCGUGAGGUACCAACUCGGGUCCAGGAGAUAUGGCUGGAAUUUCUCGCUGCAGGGGCUCCCAGUGCAAUCAACGUAGAUUCAAAAAGUUACGGUAAAACCACGCAAAACGUGAAAGACCCUGGAAGGUACACUUUUGAGGAUGCUCAGGAGCACAUUUACAAGCUGAUGAAAAGUGAUUCCUACGCUCGUUUCAUACGUUCCAGUGCCUACCAGGAGCUGCUACAGGCCAAGAAAAAGUUGGAAAACACUCAAGACCGCAGAACCUCAUUUGAGAAAUUCACUCGCAAUGUGGCAGUUAAGAAUACAAAUGACAAAGUUCUUGUCAGUAUUUGGAAAGAAUCGCCAUCAUACCCAUGCCAGCAUGGCAUGCUCAAAACAUCAACACUUGCAUGCUACAGUACAAUGUAAACCAUGUUUCCAGGAAAAUCACUUACUUCAAAGAGGUUAACAGGUCUUGUGCAGUCAUAUUAAACAAUACAAUCACCUUAGCUUGGAUGAGGACCAUUCCGUUUAUACAUAAUUGUAGUCCACUGUUUACCCAGCGAAAUCAGAGGACAGUAGACCAGUUGUUGCAUGUCUGAGGAACUAUGUUUUUUUUUUCUCCUGUGUGGCAAGGCAGUAUGGACUUCUAAUGCCUUUGAAUUUUUGUAUUCAUCUGCUCUCUUAAUUUUAUAUCAGCUGGAUCUGUAUGUUUAUCACAAGCUGAAAUAUUAAUAAAAAAAAAAAGCUUCUGCCUAGGAACAUGACCUUUAUCCCCGAUAAUCAGCCACCAAACAGAUGCAUAACAAAGUAUGCAUAUAUUAUUGGAAAUACAUAUGCCAUUUGCAAGUUACUGCACCACACGAGCUACCACAGAAGGUUUCCAUCACACUUGUAAAGUCACGUUCUGAACACAACAAAAGCGCGUCUUUGUCCAAUGUAGUCUGUGAUUCUUUGUUACUGUUUCUUGCAUUUAUUUUUUAUACCAUAUUUAAAAACCUUUUACUUAAAAUGUAUUAAAGUUGGCCCUUUGUCUGUU